AUGGCUGCAUCUCGGCGAUUCCACUUUUUCGACAAGUGCUUUAUCGCUGUGUCUGAAGCAGGCCGAGGCUCCGUAGGCUUUGAGGCGGUAGUAGACACGGCCGGCGACGAUGCUGUUUUAUGGGUUUUGGAGUCCUCGGGCCGUCUAAACGCCUUGUACAGGGAUGUCGGCGCGGCUUAUUCGGAGGACUCCCUGCGCUGCGUCUCUGUAAAGGCCUUCGAGUUCGAGGCGCAGCGCGUGUUUUCCUGCAGUGAAGCCUCUGCGGUCGUCGUCGUAGGGAAGGAUGAAGAAUCAGACUCUAUGCUAAAAUUCAACACGUACAAGGUCACACCUCAAUUUGAUUUGGAGAAUAACGAGUUGCUGCAUUUCGUGCAAUCCGUUCCAGUAUUCUCUCCAUCGCAGGGCCUGGUACUCGAUCACGUACAAGCUGUAGCAGUGUCACCAUGUGCAUCUGUCGUUGCCGUUGCCACAGCGGGCGGCUGCGUGUACGUAUAUCGCAACUAUGUGAUUCCUCCAGUGGAUGGUUCGCCACAUGAUCAUCGCCUACGAAGUUACAGCGUCGGUGACUUGGCUGGUGCGCAUCAUUUGGGCACUAUCCGUGCUCUGCACGUCAGUCCGCUUUCCUCUGGCGUCUUCGGUUUAGCAGUGUGCUGUGACAGCAUGAUUGUAUCGCUACGCUUGGCACCGGAUCCGGAGAUUGCGUAUACGCAGCUGAUAGAGUCGUCGUUCGAGUCGUCGUGCAACCUGGGCAGUAAGGGCCAAUUCGUGGUUGCCAAAUCGGGUGGUAUGCUGGACAUUUACGACAUAGAGAGCGGCUUCGUCAACGCGGUGAAGGGUUCGGAAUCGUGUGCGUCCAUUUGCGCUUAUAAGCACUACGUUGCCACGGCGUCGCUUGAAUGCCGGGGCGGUCUGGAGGCGUCGUAUGCCACCACUCUGGUUAACGUGCAGUCCAUUGUGCCGGGAGUGGACUUCGUGGCACAUUCGCAGUACAUCCCCGUUGUGUUCAAGUUUGAACGGGCGUUGAGAUCGCUGUAUGUGUUUGCACGUUCGGGAACGAGCUCCGCUUUGAUUUUGUUUGAGCUGCGGGAGAAGGGCAUCCACGACCGCCUGCAGAUUCUAAUUCGCAAACGUAUGUUUGAGUGGGCGCUGCGCAUUGCCGCUUUGGAGCGCCGUCCUCUUUCUGAGUGCGAGGAGCUUCACAAGAUCCACGCGAAUUGGCUAUACGACAAAGGGCACUACGAUCUGGCCAUAGAGGCCUACUGUCGCGCGGGUUCCGCGGUGGAGCCGGCAUUCGUCAUUGGGCGUUUCAUGUCGCUGCGUGCGAGGUUUUACCUCUAUAAAUACCUGCUUCACCUCCAUCGGUCUGGCUCGGUGUCGCGCAUUCACACGGUAGUGCUGAUGCGUGCCCUGCAAUCGCUGUUCGAAGACCGCGUCAACGGUGGCUGCAGGUUGGAUGCAGCAACCCCUGCUGACUCAGUAGGUGCAACUGGCGCGUCUGAGCCAGAUUCCAAUGAGGUCGACUGCCAGCAGCUGCUUUCUGCGUUUCUGUCAGAAUUUGGCGACUCACACCAAGACGGCAUAAUGGCCGCGUUGUCCGAUUGCCGCUCGUCGGGCGGGUCUGACUUUGCGCGAGUGGUCGCCUUGGCCCAGCAAAACCACGACCAGUACGUCGACAUACUGGUGGAGGACUUCCACGACUACAGCUCAGCCUUGGAUUACCUGAUGACCGUUGACCGGCAGGUUGCAUGCAAUGCGAUUCUGCGCCAUGGAAGGCGCCUGGUGAAACACAACUCCGACGCGGUGCUAUCUUUGAUUCGCAAGAUCGGCGAAUCCAUGCCACACAGCAACGGCAACGUGCACGACGCAUUUGUGCCCAUCUUCUGCAUGGAGGACCGAUUUCUGUCUGAGAUGCUCGGCUCCGAUGGCCCAUGCACGCAGCUGCUGAUUUUCGCUACCAGGCUGCAUCUAAUGCUCGAUCAGUUCGCUUCGCAUAGGCGGCGUGUGAUGGAUGACACGUCGGCCGCAGCGUCGUCAGCACCGACCAAUGGGCAGUCAACGCAGCAGCAUCCCACCACUCCACCGCCGCCCAGUGAUGGCACGCAAGCGCAUAAAGCGUCGGCGCUCGACGAAUGUGUCGGCUCCGCAGGUCCCCUAGCCGUCGCGGAGGCCCCGUCUGCCGCGCACGCCGAUGGUGAGUUCGACAUCACCGGGUUGGAGAAUCGCAUGUGGAAGUUACUGAACGGGAACACUCAGCACGCGGAAUACCAGAUGAUAGCUCUGAUUUUGUGCCUUCUAUACAGCUACCAGCGUGGCGCGAAUUUGAUGGCGAUCAAGAUGGGCUACUACCACCUGCCGUUGGUCCUGGCUGGCAUGGGCAACAACGAGAUUAACAGCAACAAGUUCGACUUGCUCAAUCACGCUCUCAGCUACGGUUACAACGAGCCUACGCUGUGGAUCGGCGCCUUGUCUCUGCUGGUCGGAGCUUCGAACGACACGUCGGAGGAGAUCCGGGGGACUUUGCGCCACAUACAGACCCACAGGUUGCUGAGUUUCCCGGGGGUGCUGGCCAUCCUCAAGAAGAAGCAAACUCUGCAGUUUGGCCACGUGAAGGAAUACUUGCGCAACGAGUUUCGUCGAAUCGAGGAGCUUCUGCAGGAGUGCAUCGGCGACAUAGCUCAGGACAAGAUCGACUGCGGUCAGAUGAACCGCGACCUCCAGCGGCUGCAGCACUCUUACUUCGUGAUCAACAACACAAACUGUUCACGGUGCGAGUUAUGCCUCGAGAUGCCGUCGUUGCAUUUUUACUGCCAGCACUCCUUCCACACGUACUGCAUAGGCACCGACGGCGUCUGCCCUAAAUGCGCGCCCGCGACACAGGACGGACCGGAUGGCGGCCGGCCGCAGAAAGGCUCUGGCCACCAGGACGACUUUUUCAAGUUCCUGAGCGGCGCCACCGACCCCUUCGUUUACAUGGCACAACAGCUGGAGCGCUUCGCGUUUGCGCGGUCGUGA